GCAUUCAUCGGGUUAUGAAAGUGAGGCCAACAGUAACUCUCCUGGUGACCUUUUCUUUGAAUAUCUUGAAGAUGCGUGAACCAUUGACCAACAAGGGAAUUGAGAAUCUGUAUAGUAAGCUAUCACUUAUUUAGAGAGUUCAAGUCGGAUUAGAGCAAAGAAUGGACCUGAACGGAGUCAGCGCUAAUGAUUUUGCCAUUGAGACGCUUGGCGAGCUCCAUAGCAAGUCUGCUUUUCCGGCGCCGGUGGGACUAGAAAUCACAAUCACCUUCUGUUUUUCAGACUUUCUCUUCUUCGUCCCGUUCAGAGGAACAGAGCGAGCGGUGGCUCCGCAGAAUCUCCGGUGCAGUACAAGGCUUGGUGGUUGCAGCCUCAAGUUGAUGGAAGGGAAGGAUGACCCGCGCAAAAGCUCAUCUCGAAGAGAGACGACGACAUUGAGCGAGGGAUUAGAGAACUACGGUUCUGUUUCUUUAAUGAUUUAUUAGUUUCACUUUUACAUUUGUUUUAUUACUGUUGAAAACUUCCUAUGUAAUUGAAACAGUUUGUUUCCAUACUGAAUCAAUUAAAUUGUUGUCA